GGUGCGCUGUGUUUUGUUUGUGUGGCUCUCGAGGGACAUGAUGGUGGAUCCACAGCAGGAUCACAACACUACCGAAACAAUAUUCAGGACAGCUAUUGUGUGAGGACACGCCACAUUUGGACUUAGGUGGACUCGUUUUGAUGGACAACACACUGCGAGGGGGAAUGAGACGCCCGCUGCGGAACAUUUGUCUGGAAGAACGGAGCUGAGGUGGACUUCUGCUGGGACUUACCGGACUGGACUGUGGUAUUUACAGAGACGAACAAAUACCACUUUCAAUUUCUCACCUCGAGCCGGAAUUUUGACGGAGUUUCAUUUUGGCGUCACCCCAGCGGGACGGACUCUUUGCUUGGCUCAUAGCCGGACACAGUGAGCGCUCAGGCGGCUUGAGUUUUAACGCCAUGCCGCGGCUCGACCUCGGCCCGACCACUAAGCUAACGUCAGCGAGCUAACGCGAGCGAGACAGAUUUUCACAUGCCCCACUAGUUUAUCAAGACACUAAGUUGCCGGGCUACGAUGCGUACGUAAGAAGCACAUUCGACUUUACUCGAAAGCACCUUUGAUUUGUAUCAAGUAAUGACAUUACUUGUUUAACUAUCGGUUGACCUGCCUGCGAGCGAGCUAAUUCGUUAGCGAAGGCUGCACACCCAGUGAUAGUCUCAGGCUUCUGUUUACACUGACAACUAUGUAAGGUUAUAUAGGAUAAAUUGCGUGUAGUGUAGAAACGGGUCUUCAGUCUGGUGGCAGGUUGCCUAAAAGAGAGUUCGGUUGGUGAUUUCCUUUUGAGCUACUUGGCGUUUUCAACCACUCUCACUGGAACACUGCUGUUACCAGUCCACCCUGAGCCUUCAUGCUUGUCGUUUCAACGUAUCUAUGCACGGUUGAGAAAUAAGCCUUGUUCAAAUAGUGCCAAUAGUGUUCUGGAUUUUGGUAUCUCUCUUGCACAUAUCUGAAUACACGGGUGUAAAAGUAGGCUGUUAAAGUAAACGUACUAUCCACAGUAGUGUAGUUGUUGACCUCCUGGAGCAGAGCUAGACAUAUCAGCCGCUCAUCUAUCAUUUAUGAUCGUCGCGAAAACAGACACUGAAGAUCAACCGUCGCCCUGAAACAUCAUAUAUUCAUUGCAGCCAGUACAACUAUAACACAGUGUUCAGGGUGGAACAUUUAGCUCUGACAUAUUGCAGCACUUUAUCAAAAUUCCUCUUGUCUUUACUGGAUCAGUUGGGUGGAUGGACGAUGGAGGGACUUCCUUUAUGAUCUCAGCCUACCACCCAGUACCUGAUGCUCUGUAGUCUCUCUAGCCAUCAUCAGCACUGUGUGGACUUCUAUUUGAAGAUGACAAACAAGAAGAUGGAGAUUCAAGCUGCCAAGUGACAGAGUUAUCCUACACCAGGAAGCAGAGGAGAGCAAGUCUGGCUGCAGACAUGAGUCUUCGCCAACCCACCUCCACACUUGACAGGGCAGUCAUUAAGAAAAAGGUCCACCUGCUCAGUCCUUUUGCUGCUUGGCUCAGCAGUCUAACCAUUGGAGAGUCCGAUCGUAAAUUGUCUGCCGCACAACAGAGGGAACUGCUGACUGAAAUUACUACUGAGAGUACAGGUCCCGGCCUUGUGCAGAGAUGUGUGGUUGUCCAGAAGGACCAGCUGGGUUUUGGGUUCACAGUAUGUGGUGAGCGAGUGAAGUUGGUGCAGAAUGUUCGACCCGGGGGUGCUGCAGUGAAGGCUGGGGUCCAAGAAGGGGACCGCAUCAUCAAGGUGAACGGUUCGCUUGUGUCUUCCAUGUCCCAUCAGGAGGUUGUGAAGUUGAUCAAAUCUGGACCGUACGUGGCCUUGACACUGCAAGGUCCUCCGCCCUCCUCUUCAUCCUUGCCCCUGGAGCCCCUCCUAACUGACCUCUCGCCUAAUCAAAAGAAUGUGGGUGGUGACACUCCAUCCCUGCCUCCUCCCCCUUUACUCUCUGGACUUGGCAGCACCCCCACCCAAAGAAUCACUGGACCCAAGCCACUACAGGACCCAGAGGUACGAAAACAUGCCACUCAGAUACUCAUGAAAAUGCUGGAGCAGGAGGAGUCAGAAUUGCAGGCGUUAUUGGAGGAGCAGCUGAGAAAUCCGUCACCAUCUCUGGAGGAGCGGAUUGAAAGUGCCAAAAGGAGAGCUCAUCAAGUCAGGAUUAAGAUUCAGCAGGAUGUGGAGGGAACACGGUGUGAAUCUAUCACAAAUUAUGUCAACGCAGGAGAAGGUCGAUUAUCAAUGGACUCAAGUGAAGGAGACAUAGAAGCCUUUGAGAGUCCCCACUCUUCCCCUUCGUCGUCCUUCCUGUCUCCCAAUUUUCACCGGCAGAGCUUUGGCAAACACACUGUCACUGAUUUGGUUGGAAGGCCACAGAUCAUUGGUCCAGAGGAAGAGGACGACGAAGAUGAUGGUUAUGCUUUUGAUGAGAUGGAUGGUCCGUUCCAGGAUAUUGAGCUGUUAAAGUUACGCCCAGCACACAUGACAGUCUUCAUGAGAUAUGUGUUCACGCAGCUUCUGGACCCAAACCCGCUGUUGUUCUACCUGUCAGUCGAGGCAUACCUGGGUGCCAGUCCUAAAGAUGCCCGUUCACUAGCACCGCAGAUCUGCUCACAUUUUCUGGACCCAGAUGCUCCAUUGAAAAUCAAAGUAAGAGAGGAAUACAUGACAGAUAUUGAAAGCCGACUACAUGCACAGGAGGACAUCAGAGGACCGUUGUCAGAGCUGCAGCAGCAGGUGCUUCCAGAUAUCCACGACCAAAUACAGGACUACAGGAGCAAGCAGAUGAUGGGCCUCGGCUCUUUGUUUGGAGAGGGUGACCUGGUGCAGCUUGAUGGUGACCCAGUAAAGGAGAAGCAAGUAGUGGACAGACAGGUCACAGCCCUGUGGGAAAUACUCUCAAAGCAUGAAGAGGACCGGAGUUCUCCAUUGGCGUCAGCGGUGCUCCUCUAUCUUCGUCAUUCGGGUAUCAAACUGAGAGAUUCCAAGGUUUUUCCUGGUCUCAGCACUGAGAAAGAGAAGUGGCUGGCUUUCCUAAAGACAAAAAAGCUGAGUGGUGCAAAGAAAGAGAAAGAUGGUGAAGAGAAAAAAAGAAAUCCUAUUUUGAAGUACAUCGGGAAACCACGGUCCACAACCCAAUCCACAUUCCAUAUCCCGUUGUCUCCUACUGAAGUCCGUCACGGCAAUGUGAGGAACAUCAUCCAGCAUUUUGAGAACAACACUGAAUCCGAAGAGGGGGGUGAAGCUGUUGACCCUCAAAGGCUGUCCACGAGCAGCAGCUUGGGAGAAGACAGCCUGGACAGCCCUACUGUUUUGGUACGAUUGGCACGCAGUGAGUCUUUGAAGGCUCAAGGGGAAGGCCGUCGUCGGGGCAUAGCAUCAGGAAACGAGUCGGUCCCACGCUCUCGCAGUGAUGUUGACAUGGAGGACAGCGGAGAAGAAAGGGAGGGGGCAGGACUCCGGCCGCUGCAGCAUAGUGGCUCAUCAUCUGCCUCCAGCAGCUCUGCACGGUCUCUAGAGAACCCUACACCCCCAUACACACCUCGGUCUCGACGUAGGAGUAUGGAAUCACCGCUGGCUUUGCUGCCCGACACAAUGGUUUUGGAAGAUGAUUUGGUUGACGGUCACAACUGGCAGGAGACGGUGCCUCCCCAAGUGCUCGCCACGCUCAGCCCAAAGGAGGUUGACAGACAAGCGGUCAUAUAUGAGUUAUUUACCACUGAGACUUCCCACCUACGGACGCUACGGGUCCUGGACCAGGUCUUCUUCCAGAAGAUGCGGUCGGUCCUCAACUCUGAGGAGUUGGCAUGCAUCUUUCCAAACCUCCCUCAAGUCUAUGAACUCCAUGAAAGUCUCUGUGAUGCGAUGAAGAAGAGGAGAGAGUCUCUCAUUGUUGAGGACAUUGGGGAUGUUAUGUUGGCAAGAUUCGAAGGUGCUGCUGGGGAGGAGUUCCAGGAUCAAGUGUCCCAGCUGUGCAGCCAGCAAUCUCAAGCUUUAGAGCUCAUCAAGAACAAGAAGAGAAAAGACACUCGGUUUGCUCACAUUAUACAGGAAUGUGAGGCAAGUCCACACUGCCGGAGGCUGCAGCUGAAAGACUUGCUGGUGUCUGAGAUGCAAAGACUCACUAAAUAUCCUCUGCUGCUCUACAAUAUCAUCAAACACACGGAGGCUGGAUCAGCCGACUUCCCAAAACUCCAACGGGCCCAGACAUGCUGCAGAGGCAUCCUGCAGGCUGUCAAUGAGGUUGUCAGGGAAACAGAACACCGACAACGCCUCAGCCAAUACCAGCGUAGACUGGAUGCUGCGCCUCAGUUCAAGAAUCUGGAUCUCAGCACCAAGAAGAUGAUCCAUGAAGGCCCCCUCAUCUGGAAAGUCAGCAAAGAUAAGCAGUUAGAAAUCCAAGCGCUGCUGCUUUCCGAUUGUCUUCUGCUGCUGCAGAGGGGCCCGGACGAGCGCCUGCAGCUACGAUAUCCAUCCCGCUGGCUCGGUGGUGGAGGCGGAGUCAGCGGGGACAGCAAGAAUUCUUUCAGCCCUAUGGUGAAGCUGGAAUCAUUACUGGUCCGUCCAGUAGCAACAGAUAACAAAGCCCUCUACGUCAUCAGCACCAAUGAGAGACAAAUUUAUGAGGUCGUGGCCAGAACAUCAUCUGAAAAAAACACAUGGAAAGAUUUACUUGAAAAAGCGAUCACAUCGGCGGGUGAUGCCUCUUGUAUGGUCAAUCACAGUGCCAUCCCAAUAUCUUCCUCAAGUCUCGGCAGUGCAUCCUCUGCUGACAACAAUGUGUAUGCAGACCACACUCUGACAGAACAGUCAGAUUCAAUGACCAGUAAUUCGGCUGAAAUAUCGGACGACACUGAGAUUCCAGAUCAACAAGGAUCUUUUAUUGAUGUUGAACGACAAACUACCGGCGUGGCUGAAGCCGCUUUACAAGACGUCGAAACACUGAGGCAGCUCAUCUUACGAGAUCUCGAUGAGGACGGUUGGAGUCACGACUCGGACGACACCCCCACCAACGACACUUCCAACGAGCAAAGCUCUCAGGCGGGGAAGAAGCGGCCAGGCUCUGCGGAGACCGUCCUCAGCUCCAGCACUACUGAGUGGGAGACUGAAGAAGUUGCUACCUCAGACCCCCCAGACAAUAACAGUUUUCAUGUUGUAAGAAAAGCUAUGGUUGCGGGUUCUUCUUCUUCCUCUGUCAACGAUGGCAUCACUGAUGAUGUCAACGUCCUCUCUCAACAAUCAUCCAAAUCCAACGAGGCCACAGAUCAGGGCAACAUGUUCUACUUAGUCAUGCCAACAGAGCAGGGUGAGACUGCCACCGAUGACCUUACCGACCCCCCCACGCCCACCGCCAACAGCUUUCCUCAAACCUUGGAGGAAAUCACCUCGCCCCAUGUGGAGGAGGAAGCUGCACAGACGCAGCAGUCGGAGACCAUGCAGCAGGACCCGGAGGAAGAAGUGGAUGACUUGCAAACGGGGCAGCAAAGUCACGUGAUCAAAAAUGUCGACGAGAUCUUUCACACAAUAGAAAGCUUGAUGAGCAAAUUGCGGAAACUGAAGGAAAUCGAAAAGGCUCAUCAUCAGCUGUUGCAAACCCUUCGAGAGCCAUCUCCAAGUCUGGAGUCUCUAGAAGGACAGAGUCGCUCUGCAUCCGUCUCCAGGACGCCCUCUCUGGACAGAGGCUCGAUGGAUGGGAAGGAUGUGAGUCCUGCUGAGCCCAAGGUACAGUCAACUGGAUUCUAAGGUCCCUCUGGCCAGAACACUACCGUGGGAUGGACGCUGUGAUGCUGCCCCAGAAUCUUAGCCACUUGGCCUCAUUGCCCUCUGCAUGCACCAGCCACAAGGCGAAACCCUGGUGGGACCGUUUACAUUUCUGUUGUCCCUGUGGCGAAGAAUCCACACGCCGGCACCAGCCGGCACCAAGCAGAACAUGAAGGAUACCCGAGGAACAUAAUGAAGGAACAUGAAGAGCAGAUGCAGUCAGAGACAUACAAAUAAUGGAAGUGUGAGAGAAAAAUAAUGACUUGUAUGUGAGUCAUGUGACAGACUGAAGCAGAGAUUUGAUUCAAGAGGGCACAUCACCCUAGCACUUUACCCAUAAUGCUUCUCUGUGUCAUGCAUGUCCUGGAGAGAGGAGUGGAGAAAAAGAAAACACCCAGGAACACUUGAGCUUCCCUGUUGACCCCCACUGUCUUACUGAGUUCACUGUCAGCAGCAGCCAGUUGUACUUGGUUGAUGUCAGUCAGGUUCUGUGCACUGCGACCAACAUCGGACUUUCCUGGAGCUGUGAGAUGCUUUUCCCCCUGUCUUGUUUUCAAUCACUACUACUGUACUGUCCACUACUGAUAUUUAAGCAGGAUUUUCAGUGCUUCUCAGAGAUCAAAACACCAACUCAGCGAACUAACACCAGACACCUUCUGACUGGAAUCUGCAGGAAGCCCAUUUAAAACUUGAAUUCUUAGAGGGAAAACUGUCACUCAGCCAAAUACUGCUGCUUUCAUCAACCAGCCCCUGACUGUACUACUGUGAACCAGCAUCGGUCUUUGACUUCCACACAACAGCCAAGACUUCACUGCACCCCAAAACCACCAAGUUUCCUUCCCGAAAGCGUUGUAUUUAUUUCAACAACAUAACAUUUCAAGCAGAAGGUCCAGACCAAUUUGGAUACAGACUAUCAAAGUGUUGAAAAUAUCUUGAUGAAAACUGGAAGAACCAAUCGCUGAGCAUUUGCUACAUUUACGCAACAGGGAAACACAAAUAUCUGAGUGUUUCCAUAUAUUUAUUUUAGAGUUGAUAUCGCGCUCAGUUUCCUGUAGCUUUAUUACCAAAACGACUUUGGUUUGUUAGAGAAGCAUGAUACUAAUGGUGUCACCAGUUUUAGUUCUGUUAACAGCACGUGAAAUCGUAUUGAUCACCUUUUACAGGAGCGAGUCGCUGUCAAGCUGGUCGUCACACUAUGUCCCUCAAUGCUCUUUAAAGGCCAACCAGACGUGACUUACUCACAAUAUAAUUGACCUGUUAUUGGAAGUGAUAUCUUGAACUUUCGUUUUAGUUGCUAAAACUCUCCAAAACAUUGACAUGACAAUGUUCUAAUAGGAAAAUACUCGACUCGUGUUGAGCUCGGCUGCUAAUUGCUUCAGUUUUUACGCUUUGUGGCACAUGAAUAACUCGCAGAGAUGUGAAAAUGUAGCAAAACAAAAAAUGGCAAUCAACCACAUCUAUAUUUUCUUCGGUACAGUAUUUUUUAUAAAGUAUUCUAAUGAAAGUGAGUCUUCACUGUUAAAUGUACUGCAACAGUGAAGUAUUAAAGAUUAUUUAAUUCAACUUAGAUGUUAAAUUUUAGUGACAAUGUCUCCAAUGACCUCUGAUUCGGAUCAUACAAAUGUGCACAAAGGGAAGCAUGAGGUCCAAGGUCGCAUAUUCUUGAUGCUAACGCCGAAUGCUGUUUUCCAACUUAUCUGCUUUACUGGAUUGAAGUUUUCAUUUCUAACAUUAUGUUGACGUUAACAUAUCAUGGAAAACAAUCAUUUGAAUUCCUUAUGGCUCCACGCAGAAUGGAAUUACCAUCACGAGUCGUCAUACUGACAGCGUUUGUCUCCAUUUUUGGCUCGUCUUUUUUAUUUUAUUUUUUUUAUUUUGCCAAGGUACUAAAAUGAAGAAAGGUUCUUUUGAAGGGAUUAGAGAGCCAUGGUUGUUAGUAGUUCACUAUCAAACCAAGAUUCUCACCUGGUCUGAGUUGUCCAAUUCUUAAAUGACUAUUUUUCCAUCUUAAAUUUCUACCUCUACACUUAAGUUUCCUUGCACUCUCCUUUCACUCUUUCAUCUCUCACAUUCACAUCAUUGUGGAGGUUCCUAACUGAUGGUGAAGAAGCUAAAUCUGAUUCCUUUUUCUCAUUGUUUAAUGAUUUUAAAGUUGCACAAUAAGAACCUCCCUGCACAGUGCAAACUACUGUACUCACACACACGUACACAUCAUUAACUUUCGUGUCGUUGUCUUCUUUAUGUGUCUUUUAAAAGCAAAUCCUGUUCACUGAUGUAAUAUAGAGAGAGAUCAGACCCACUUGUUUUAUAUGUUAUUUUCUGUAAAGCCUUAGUCCUGGUAUUUGAUUUUAUUUUUGUAGAUAUUACGAGGAAAAAAGGAUGUAUAAAUUAUUUUCUUCUCCCUUGUUUUUAAAAUGGUGAGAUGGUUUAGCUGCACAGAAAGAAAAACAGAUGUUGGAUCCAUGUGUUUGUGAGAUUAAAAAGAAA